AACAAACCUAGCUACGGGGCAACCGAAGAUGAUGUGAUCAGUGGUUUCAGGCAUCCCACACAUCUUGCAUUUCGGACACCCUGGCCAAUUUUUCCUUUUGAGUUGUUCAGUGAGCAGAUUGGAUUGUGUCCAUGGACAGCAGACAUAUGAAGAAACAUGUUUUUUAGCUGCAGGUUGGUGUUCCACAUCUCCCUCAGCUCAUGAAUUCAUGCUUGAUCGAUCACCCCAUGACACAUCAUCUCUAUAUCAUAAGGAUGUCCGUUUUGCAGCUUUUUAACCAACUGCUGCACAGAUCAUCAUCGGACAGUCGAACUCGUCACCUUGGUGAUCGUAGAGGCUUUGCCUGGCCAUCUGGACAGUCACAUUGUUUUGACCGCAUUCAGCUCGCUCUUACAGUUACAGAGUUGCUAAUAUUAGCUAUGUAUAGCUCUGGACCUCUGGUCAUCUCUCUCGCUCUCUCUCUCACUCUCUCUCUCUCUCUCUCUGCGUGUGUUCUUUCGUAGAUUAACAGUAUCAAAUGUUGGGGAUCUCAUGUUCAUCUUGGGCGGAAACACCGGGUCCCUCCCAAACACCUCCCUCUCCCUCCCAAACAACUCCCCGCAUCAUCAUCGCCUCUCCUCCAUCCCUCGCAGCCGCCCCCUCCUGCCUGUCCUCGCGUCCCAAGCACCUGAUUCUAACCCCGAGCCCGAGCCCGCAGCCGCCGGCGCGAAGCUCGUCCCGCUCGUCAUCUCCGUGGCCGUCGGCCUCGCCGUGCGGUUCCUCGUGCCGCGGCCCGCCGAGGUGAGCCUGCAGGCAUGGCAGCUCCUCUCCAUCUUCCUCUCCACCAUCGCGGGGCUCGUGCUGGGCCCGCUCCCCGUCGGCGCGUGGGCCUUCCUCGGGCUCACGGCCGCCGUCGCCACGCACACGCUCCCCUUCGCCGCCGCCUUCUCCGCCUUCACCAACGAGGUCAUUUGGCUCAUCGUCAUCUCCUUCUUCUUCGCGCGCGGGUUCGUCAAAACCGGCCUCGGCGACCGCUUCGCCACAUACUUCGUCAAGUGGCUCGGGAGCAGCACGCUGGGGCUGUCCUACGGGCUUACCAUCAGUGAGGCCUGCAUCGCGCCGGCCAUGCCCAGCACCACGGCGAGGGCCGGGGGCGUGUUCCUGCCCAUCAUCAAGUCGCUCUCCCUCUCGGCUGAGAGCAAGCCCAACCAUCCAUCGUCGCGGAAGCUCGGAUCCUAUCUUGUCAUGACGCAAUUCCAGGCAGCUGGUAGCUCGAGUGCUUUAUUCCUGACUGCUGCAGCACAAAACUUGUUGUGCUUGAAAUUAGCAGAGGAGCUUGGUGUACUUAUUACAAAUCCAUGGGUAUCAUGGUUCAAAGCUGCUAGUUUGCCAGCUAUUGUCUCUCUGCUUGCGACGCCAUAUCUGCUAUACAAAAUCUUCCCCCCUGAAACAAAGGAUACCCCUAAUGCCCCGGCAUUGGCUGCAGAGAAGCUGAAGCGCAUGGGUCCUGUGACUAAAAACGAAUGGGUUAUGGUUGUCACAAUGAUUCUUGCAGUCUCCCUAUGGGUUUUUGGGCAUGCUAUUGGCGUGUCUAGUGUUGUGGCUGCAAUGCUUGGGCUCUCCAUCCUUCUCCUGCUCGGUGUGCUAGACUGGGAUGAUUGCUUGAAUGAAAAAUCUGCAUGGGAUACAUUGGCUUGGUUUGCAGUUCUGGUUGGAAUGGCAGCACAACUCACUAACCUGGGAAUUGUUUCUUGGAUGUCAAGCUGUGUCGCCAAACUACUUCAAUCUUUCUCAUUGAGGUUGCCAGCAGCAUUUUGUGUUCUUGAGGCCUGCUACUUCCUUAUCCACUAUCUAUUUGCAAGCCAAACUGGACAUGUUGGAGCCUUGUACUCAGCAUUUUUGGCUAUGCAUGUAGCAGCCGGCCUUCCUCGUGCGCUUUCAGCAUUUGCUUUGGCAUUCAACACAAAUCUGUUCGGCGCACUAACUCAUUAUAGUAGUGGGCAGGCUGCAGUAUACUUUGGAGCGGGGUAUCUUGAGCUUCCAGAUGUUUUCAGGGUUGGUUUUGUAACAGCCUUGGUUAACACGUUGAUCUGGGGAGUUGUUGCAUCCAUUUGGUGGAAAUUUUUGGGCCUCUACUGACACCGGCUGCCAUGCAAGUUCACCGAAUUUUUCCUUUGCUGAUGGACGAAUUGCUCUUCCUCAUGGUUUGGAAGUGAAAGAGCAUAAUAACAGAAUAACGACCGUUGUUAAGCUUUCGUUGAAGUGAUCAGCACACUUAGGGGAGUUCUCUCAGGCUGCUACGGCAGUCUUGUUCUCCAUCUUGUAUAGUUACUCAGUUCUCUCGAAAAUCUAUGUUGGCCUGGAAAUGCUUUUGCGUGAAGAUUCCUGAGUCAAUUUUGCUACAGUAUUUUUUAUGGUUAGUGCUUUUACAGUUCACUCUGUAAAUUUUGGGCAGCUGCAUUGAAGCGGUAUGCACUAUGCAGCCUUGUGGCUCUCAAAGGACGUUGCCUCCAUUUUGCC